AUAGGGAGAAAGGGAUCGCAUAUGCACAUCUAACUGACAUGACAAGAUAUUUUGUAGGAUUUCGCGGUUGUGAGGUGAGGUUACGAGUAUUGAAGGCGGUUUGAAAUUUGCGAAAUUCUUCCUUUCUCUCUCUCGUUUUGCCUCCACUCAAUUUAGCGGACUUUUCAGAUAUUUUCACUGCUCAACUUAAGACUAAGCAUGAGCAGCAUUUUGUUUGAGAAUGGGUGAAGUGGCGGCUCACAAGGGGUUGAUACCGACGCAGGAGGACCAAACCAACAGUGCCUCCGCGGUUCGGUGGGAGAGGUUUCUGCCUCGGAUGGUGCUUCGGGUGUUGCUUGUCGAAGCUGAUGAUUCUACUCGCCAGAUCAUUGCUGCCCUUCUCCGUAAAUGCAGUUACAGAGUUGCUGCAGUUCGUGAUGGAUUAAAGGCAUGGGAGACAUUGAAGAACAAAGCAGAUGACAUAGAUCUCAUAUUAACAGAAGUGGAUUUGCCAUCAAUAUCUGGAUUUUCACUUCUUACUUUAAUCAUGGAGCAUGACACUUGCAAAAACAUUCCUGUCAUAAUGAUGUCUUCUCAUGAUUCUGUUAGCAUGGUGUUCAAAUGCAUGUUAAAAGGGGCAGCUGAUUUUCUUAUAAAACCUGUUCGUAGGAAUGAGCUAAGAAACUUGUGGCAGCAUGUAUGGAGAAGGCAUGCUAUUAGCAAGCCUCCUGAAAAUUUAACAUUACCACAGAUCAAACUUGAUGUUGCUGCAGAAAACCAUGCUGCAAGCAACAAUUCUAGUGGUUCUGUGGCUUCUACACAGAAAAAUGAUGAAUGCAGCGAGAAAACUAGUGAGGCUCAAAGCACAUGUACAUCGCCAAUUUUGGAAGCUGAGAGUGCAUGCCUGGAAAAUAUGCAGGAUAUGUCCCAGCUAAAGAGUUCUUCAAAUUUGAGCAAUAUUGACAUAGUGAACCACCAAAACUCUGCCAAAUGUGAAAGGGAAUCAGCUAAGCAUAACGAUGAAGCUGGGGAGAAAUCAAUAGUUCUAUCCGAAACUGCAAGGAGCAACAAAACUUUUAAACCAACAGGUUUAAGGCUAGGUCAAGGCCAUGAGGAUAGUGAAACAAAGAAUGAAGAUGAAGUUGUAAGAACAACGUUUAGCAAAGCCAAUCCUUUGAUUAAUACAGAGAUUCGUGGAUGCAGUGAUGAAGUGGUAAAACCUUCUACUGGGGCUAUUGACUUGAUGGCGACAUUUAAGGAUAUUCCAAAGAGCAAUGAUGAAAAUUGUAGUUUCAAUGGUGGUAAUAUAGCCAAGUUUGAUUUUGAUACACAACUGGAACUUUCUUUAAGAAGACAUUUUCCUGGCAGCUCGUGUAAAACUGCAUCUGAGGAAAGGAAAAUAUUGAACCAUUCAAAUGCUUCUGCCUUUUCUUGGUAUAGCAGUAGUAAGUUGUUGCAGCCUCUUUUUUCAACACCAUCAACUUCUGAUAAAUUAACAAAUGCUGGUCAGAACUCUCACGAGUCUCAUCAGUUAUCUGAAAAUACAAAUAUCUCUCAUCAAUUUUGGGGAAAAAAUCAAAAUCAGGAGAAAAUCACCGGUCUGAUCAUUGGUCAGUCUGGACAAGUUGAUCCAAAAUUACCAAACAGUCAACCUAGAUUCUUUCCUGCUACUGGGGUUAAUUCUGAUCAUAAGUUCUCGGGACAAGGUAAUGUUUUCCCUUCUAUGAUCCUCGCACAAUCAGGUGUCCAUCCCAUAUGGACUCCAAAGCCAGUAUGCCAGAAAGAGAGUUCUCCAUUUCCCACAAGUACUUCCUCCCAGUCCAAUCCUGAAAGUCACAACUCAGAACGUCGUCACUGGUCAGAUGAUGCAACUUAUACUACUGAUCAAAAUGCAAAUGAUCAAAGCAAUUUGGAUUGUGGGACACAUGAAUCUCCUGCCGCUGGUCAGAGUUCUAGCACUAGUUUUUACCAUGAUGCAGCAAAUCAUAACAGUAGUGGUACAUACGGAAGCUUAGGCUGCAGAAGUGAUGGAAAUGCUACUUCAGCUCUGGUAGCCAAGGACAACCCUGAAAGUUUUAUUGAUAGUGGUCAACGUAGCUACGAUGGAUUCAGAGGGACAGAUUCUCAUAUCAACCAACGGGAAGCAGCUCUAACAAAAUUCCGACUGAAGCGGAAAGACAGAUGCUAUGAAAAGAAGGUUCGAUACCAAAGCCGGAAGAGACUGGCGGAGCAGCGCCCUCGGGUGAAAGGGCAAUUUGUUCGCCAAAUACAACACAAUGACCAUCCAGUAGUAGAUGCCAGUGGUGGUUCCUGAAAUUGUUUUAUUUCAAUCCACCACCAUUAUUGAAUUACGGUCCGACUCCCAACACUGAUUUGCCUCUUGACAAGGAUUGACAGUAAGGUCUAGUGUGUCUGGUGAAAUGUGUUUGCUUUUAGCAUUGUUAGUAUUUUCUUCUGGCUUGUUAUAUUGGCUGUUUUUUAGAGUGUAGGGUUGUAAUUAUUUAGUAGGAUCGAUCUAAAGUUUUGAUUUUACCUCCUGUAUAUGUUUUCUCGAGUGAAUAAUAUAGGGCUGUCGUUAUAUAGGCAGUAUGCUUCUGUACUAAAAGGUUGAAAUACCUUUUAUCUCGGCAAGCAUCUCUGGUUUUGCCAUCAACCAAUCUUUACAUUGAAUCAUUUGAGCAUCCUCUUAAAAUCUUAGUCUUAGUUGCCCCAUUAGACGUAAACUAUUUGACAUGUCACAUUGUUAAUUUGUUUGUUCAAGAUUCCUAAUCUUCACAACUGAAGAGUCCUGGAACAAUGAGCGUUAGGGCUGUUGGGCUCUGAAGUAGCCGUUUACGCGGUCGGGGUUCCCCUUGACAGUUCAGUGCUACAUUUUUUACGUUCCUACUUUGUCUCUCUUUCUAUUGGAAGGGAUCGCCACGCGUUUUAAGUGAACGCAGGAUGUGGGAGAGACGUACUCUAGAAAGCAUUUUCUUUCUUGGCUCGUUGGAACUUGGAGAACACUUGUCUCCGGGUGCAAAUACCCUAUAUAAAGGCUAAUCCUAAAUGAAAACAAGGAGGCAAUAUUCCACCAAAAGUAAACAGUGUGCAUGUGUGAUUUGUAUAAAUUUUAUGUGACGCGUGCUUACCAUUUGUGGGACACAGCAUGUUGAGUAUGCGGUGGAAUGUGACGGGGUAGGGUCCAAACGGAAACCAAACGUGUGUAAAAUUGAAGUGAAAACACAUAAUCACUUAUUCUCAUCUCUCUUUUAUUGCAAGCAGAAACUGUUCAUUUUCUAAUCUUAUCCAUUUGUCGGCAAAAGAACUCAAAUUGAGCC